CAUCUCGUUUGUUAUUUGUUUAGCUUUAGCUAUGGGCGGCAAAAGUUUUUAUUGUGAUUAUUGCGAGUGUUUUAUGAAAAACGAUAUAAAUGUUCGCCAAAAUCACGGUGCAGGAACAGCUCAUAAUAUUGCUAAGGCAAAUUACAUACAAAGAUACAAAGAUCCUCAACAGAUAAUAACAGAAGAAAAGGUCAAAACCCCAUGUAAAAGAAUCUCAAACAAUCUUGAAUGUUCGUUUGGAUUUUUCUGUCGCUUCAGUCACUACAGUUCCGAGGAAUUGAACUAUUUGCAAUUUAUUGUUGAUGAACGGGAGUAUAAAAAAGAAAGACACAUGCUUAAGAAGACUCCUUUGAUAUGGAACUCCUCAAAGACUCGCAAAAAACUACCACCGGUGCCAAUACCUCCAUCACUGCAGCCAAUCGAUUUCGAAAAAAUGACCGACUCUUGCUUCGAAAGCCAAUGGGGUUGAGCAAGUUGAUAACAAAAUAAUACUCAAGUUUGUUCUUAGGUAUUAAAUUAAUUUUAUUUACAA